CCAUCAUUCUGCUUUGCCUGCGCCCCCCCCGGUCAUUUCACUUAGGAGAUUCAACUGCUGUCUCAAACUGUGUGACCAACACAUCUGAGUUAGCUGACAGUUGUUCUUGGGUUUAUUUGUUUUUUAUUCCUUCGUUACCAUCAUGAUUUUCACACUGACCGUUGCUGGGAACUCGCACGUUUGAGCUGUCAUCCAGCCCAAGGUUUAAUGCCUUGAUAGUCUUUGGUAAAAGAAUAAUAUAAAAACCGUCACAAUGUCCGAAGGAGACGAAUUAAAAGAGUUCGGUUCUUUAGUGGAGAGAAUAAACAAAGGGGAGGUCCCCAUUAGAAGUAUUGAAAGAGAGUUGAUGUGUCCUGUAUGCAAGGAACUCUUCACUCACCCGCUGAUCCUUCCGUGCCAGCACAGUGUAUGUCACAAAUGUGUAAAGGAACUUCUUUUCUUCAACCUUGAAGACUCCCUCACAGACAUGGGUUCAGAAAUUUCUUUAUCUCCAGGAAGCCCACGAAGUGGACGGCUUCAAUCUCCUAGCACUGAAAAACUUGACAGACUUGUUCGUUCAGGUCGAAAGCGUAACUCUCUGACACCCAAGAUGACUAUUUUUCCUUGCCCUGGCUGUGGUCAUGAUAUUGACUUGGGGGAGAGAGGCAUCAAUGGCUUGUUUCGUAACUUUACACUAGAAACCAUUGUGGAAAGAUACAGACAAGCAGCCAGGGCAGCCACAGCCAUUAUGUGCGACUUGUGCAAACCUCCACCUCAGGAGGCAACAAAGAGCUGUUUAGACUGCAAAGCAAGCUAUUGUAAUGAAUGCUUUAAGGUACAUCAUCCUUGGGGAACUCCAAAGGCACAGCAUGAAUACAUUGGACCAACUACUAACUUCAGACCUAAGGUACUUAUGUGCCCUGAACAUGAAAGUGAGAAAGUAAACAUGUACUGUGAAAUGUGUCGAAGACCAGUUUGUCAUCUUUGCAAGCUGGGUGGAUCUCAUGCAAACCACAGAGUAACCUCCAUGAGUGUUGCUUACAAGGUUCUCAAAGAGAAGCUCUCCAAGAGUAUUGGUUUCCUUAUCAGUAAAGAAGACCAAGUGAGAACUCAGAUUCGUGAACUAAGCACUAUAAUUGAACAUGCAGAGCUUAAUGGCGUAAAAGCAAGAGAUGAAGCACAUGUUCAGUUUGAGAAACUUUACAAUAUUUUGGACGAAAGAAAAAAUACUAUUAUCCAGACUAUUGAAGAAUCUAAAAACUCAAGGGUGGAAAAACUUCGUCAGCAGUUGGAGGAAUAUCAAGGAAUGUUAGAAAAUAGUGGUCUUGUUGGGUAUGCUCAAGAAGUGUUAAAGGAAACCGAUCAGUCCUGCUUUGUGCAAACUGCAAAACAGCUGCAUAUCCGAAUCCAAAAAGCUACUGAGUCCCUGAAAACUUUCCAGCCUUCAGCCAGUGCUUCUUUUGAGCCAUUUGUCAUUGAGGUCAGCAAUGAAGAAAACCUUCUUAAAAAUUUGUCCUUUAGCAGUGGUAUGUCAUCAGGGGCUGUUUUACCUGGUGAGAUACAAACAUUGCAAGACAAGAUACAGACGUUGCAAGACAAGUGUGUGCCAUCUUCAGUGAGUCAACUUUCACAGAGUGAAGAUUUUGACAUGCUAGAUAGCAAAGUUUGGGAUGCUCCAGUGAUAGAUGAAUCCCUUAGUCGAGUGUAUAAUGAAGGCUUCAUUCAUUGGAAAGACCCAGAAAAUGGACCACCUGCUAAUCACUACAUUGUGGAGUACAAGAAGCUUGAUACGGAAGAGCAUUUACCAUGGCAGACUGUGGAGGCAUAUUCUUCUAGCAAAGUUGUAUCUGAUCUUGACACAAACAGUAAAUAUUCCUUUCGUGUAAAAGCAUGCAGAGACUCUGUCUACAGUUCUUAUAGUAAAGAGGUGUUUUUCCAUACCCCACCUGCACCAGUUUUCAACUUUCUGUUUGAUGACAAAUGUGGCUACAACAGUGAACGUCUCAUUCUGAAUGAAAACAGAGACUCUGUAGAGUCCGUUGCUGGCUUUUCAUUACUUAUGGGCGCAGAGCGUAUACAGAUGGGAUGCUAUACAUGUCUGGAUUACAUUAUUGGCGAUACUGGGAUCUCAAAAGGCAGACACUUCUGGGCAUUUCGUAUUGAACCACACUCGUACCUAGUCAAAGCUGGUGUUGCAUCAGAUGCAAAGCUACAGGAAUGGCUUCAUAAUCCUCGUGACAUAAACAGUCCUAGGUAUGACCAAGACAGUGGUCAUGACAGUGGGAGUGAAGAUACUAUAUUUGAUUUAUCACAGCCUUCCACUUUAAUUACCUUAGGAAUGAGGAAAUUGUUUAUUCCAAAGGGAUCAAGUCCUGCUUCAGGUGAACAGUCUGAUCGAGUACUGCCAAUGCCUGCUUGUAUAGGAGUAUGUCUUGAUUAUGAUAAAGGCAAGGUAGAAUUCUAUGACGUGGCUAGCAUGAAAUGCCUUUAUGAGCGGCAAGUUGAUUGCUCUGGUACAAUGUAUCCAACCUUUGCUUUGAUGGGUGGAGCUGGUAUUAGACUUGAAGAAGUCAUUUUAAUAAAAAAUUUGGAAUACCCAGAUUCUUAAUAAAAGCACAUCCCUGUUUUCACUAAAAAACUUAGUAAGCCAGGGAUUGUUUAGCCUUUGCAGCAUCAUAUGUACGUUUCAUUACCUGUGAAACACUACAGAUCGGAUUGGGCCAUUGUUUCAUAUAUAAUUGGCCCCAGCCUUGCAGCAAGAAAAACCUGCAUUCAGCAGUCCUUUUUUUCUUUUUUAGCAGAGUCCUGAAACUGCAAGUAGGUCUCGUAUCAGUUCUGUGCAAUUGUGGACUGGUUUUAAAGAUCACCUCAAGAAUACUGAAAAGGGUUGGACAGGCAACAUUUCUGCUUGAGAAAAGAAUGUCUCGGGAUUUAGGGAGAUCUUUCAUCUAACAGCUAUACAUCUGUCAUAGUGUAUGCUGUCUUUAUAGCUUCGAGCUUGAAAGACUGCUCUCACAGAAAGUUUGUCAGCUCACUUUUGAUGUAAAUGUUUUAGUACCAGUUUGUAAAGUACUCUUAUUUUUUGUUUAACAUAUUUUAAAUGUGGUCUUACCUCUUGUGUGCAUCAUUAUUGUAAGCCUUAAUAUAGGUGAGGUUGUUGAAUGGGUCAUGACGUACCUCUGUCUUCAUAGCCCUUAUCGUAAGGGCUCAUUGGAGGUUCGAGAGAGACACCAUCAUCACAGAUUAACAUGGUCACUUCAGUUAUUUUACUUCUCAUUAUGUGCAAUUGUCUUACCUUUUUAUGUAAAGGUUGGUCUUUUCAUAAAUAUUUAUUAUUAAAAAGUAAAAUGUAUAAGUAAUAGAGCCUGUAAUUUAAACCUUAUUUUGAGUUGCAAGUGAAAUUGAGCAAAACAAAAAUUAGAGAACAUUGUAAAUUUAUUAAGGGUAGCACAAGGUGCAUUGCCACAUGUGUAGGGGAUGUAGUGUUUGUUUGUUUUUUUAAUUCAGUGUGUCAUGCAUUGUUUUUAAGGAUUGAGUAGGUCAUAAAUUUUUUUAUCAGGUUGGUUAUCAUUCCUUAUAUCAGUGCGGUCUUGUAGUAUGUAAGAUGAAUAUAUACUUUGGUGAUCCAAUUUGUGAGAAUGUUUGUUUUAUGACAUAGUUUGCUGAACCAUACAUACAUCACUGCAGAGGAGGGGAGUACAUUAUUUAUUAAAUAUUUAAAAUACAUUUGCAGCAGAAGAAAUGUACUUUUUCACAUUAAUGUAGAAGUGUUUAUUGUGUAAUACAUGCAUCUUUGUAUCAAGGUUGGUUGCAUGCACACUAGUAAUGUUUGGAAAAAGUAGUUGUGGAUAGCUCACUGACAGAAAUGUGUAUAUUUGAAAUAUUAACUGUAUUAUAAAUCAGACUGUGUGCCAACAAUAUACUGCUGAUGUUCUUGGAGACCAGUAAAUCCAGUCUAACUGCAUAUAUGUGGUCUGCAGAAGUUAUUUACAGACGUGUCUUUAAAAAAUGAAUAUACUUAAGUGCACAAGUCAUAAAAAUGUUCCUGUAUCUGUAUGUAUAUGCAGAGUCCGGUGUGUUUCAUCUUGCUGUGUUUCUGUUUUAUUUCACUUGCAACUUAAAAAAAUAAAAUAAAAUAUUUAAAGUGAAUAUGUAGUAGUCAAGUCCACUCAAAAAAUGUAAAUUAUAGAAAAGCAGUGGUAACACUGCCCUUUCGUAAGUAUUUUAAAAUGGAAAUAGGACAUGUCUGAUGGGAGAAUAUCUUGCUGUAAUUGAAGUAAGUGUGUGUACAUUUUGUUUUUUUUUUUUUACCUGUUGUACCUUCACAACUUUCCGAACCUCAUUAACUGCAACACGAAAUAUGACUUCAUCUGUGACUAGGUCAGCUGCUUUUAAAGGAUUUUGGUGAUAACAGAGGUAGUAGAUACUAAAUUUAUAGCCACUGGGAACCAUUAAUUGUUUAAGGGCCAGUGUUUUAAUCAUGUUCUUCCACCUUUUUAGCACACAGUUCAUGAAACUAAGCUAGUACAACGUUUUACUUCAUAUGUCCAGUAUAGAAAUGUCUGUUAAGUGCAGAGGUAUUGAUCUCCAUAAAGGAUUGCACAGAUGACCUGAUAUAUUAAAAGCAGGCCUCUGGCUGAUUCAGAGAUAGAAAGCAUAAUCAUUUCUGCCUCUUGUGUCUUACUUCUUACCUUUACCUGCUGAGCUUCAGUAUGUUGAUAUAUUUGGGUUUUCCAUUGUGCUUGUUUCUAAUGUUGAACUGGUCCAGUUUUUCACAAACUUUUUUUUUUUUUCUAAGACUAUUGAAGUAUAUUUAAUUGGAGCUUUAUUUUAAUGUACGGCAAAGAUAAUUUGUACCUUUGCAUUUUAAAGAGAGCCUGAAGUUUGGAACUUUUUAUUUGAACUAUUUCAAAUGAAGCAUUUUAAACAUGCUCCACUUUGCUGUGUAAACAUGUUUUUCUUCUGCAGAGAUGUAAUCAUUCUUUUGGAUAUUAUUUGAAUGACAUGGAUUUAUUUAUGCUACAUAUGUAGUAGCUACCUUUCAUGGAUUCGAAAAUGUCACUGUUUUUAUUUGUUUCUAUAUGUUUUGGUCUUGUGUGUGUUUUGUUCCUAAUUGAAGUGAAACAGGAAUUUUGACUUUUUAUCCAGAAGCAACUGAAGGCCCUCAUCAGAAGAUUCCUAGGGCUUUCCCCCAUGAAUGUAGCACUUUAUAAUAAAAUAAUAUGUACUAUGCUAAAUAUGUGACACUGUGGAUCUUUGUGCAAUACAGUUGUUAAAUUAAACUAACACUACCUGUCAAUGAAUAUUUGUGAGAAAAGGCUUCACAAAAGUGUCUUUAAAUUCCUGAAAACUUGCCUCUUCAGAGCUUUAAUAAAGAUGGAGUAAGGGUAUGGGUUUGCUGACAGUUUUGUGUGCUUCAGUAAUAAAACUGUGAGCUGAUACACAUUUAAGAAUGUAAACUACUGCAUAAUUAUGUAAUUUGUUGGUCAAUAAACUAGUAGAAAUGAAA